AUGACGCUGGUUUGGAAUAAGGAGUCUGCCCACACUCAGACCAACCAGGCCAGCGAACUAGGGGUGUGGCUGGGGAACCGCUCACCGGGAGCUGCGCCAGCAAAGUCAUCGGCGCCGGAGACAGCCGAGCUGCUCCUGCAUGUCCGCGCAUGCUGCAAGAGGCCCCCUUCCCUGGGGCCGGAGCAGGGCGAGCAGAGCAGCUGGGGAGUCAGGGAGGGCACGUUCAGCGGCUCGGCCAAGCUGGCCUUCCUCGACCUCAGCUACAACAACCUGACCCAGCUGGGCGCCGGCGCCUUCCGCUCGGCCGGGAGGCUGGUCAAGCUGAGCCUGGCCAACAACAACCUGGCGGGCGUGCACGAAGCCGCCUUCGAGACCCUGGAGUCGCUGCAGGUGCUGGAGCUCAAUGACAACAAUCUUCGCAGCCUCAACGUGGCCACCCUGGCCGCGCUCCCUGCGCUGCGCACCCUGCGCCUGGACGGCAACCCCUGGCUCUGUGACUGUGACUUCGCCCAUCUCUUCUCCUGGAUCCAGGAGAACGCGUCCAAGCUGCCCAAAGGCCACGAGGAAAUCCAGUGCUCCCUGCCCCUGGGGAACAGGAGGAUAUUCCUGCACGAGUUGUCGGAGGCCAGCUUCAGCGAGUGCAGGUUCAACCUGUCGCUCACAGACCUGUUCAUCAUCAUCUUCUCAGGCGUGGCGGUGUCCAUUGCUGCUAUCAUCUCCAGCUUCUUCCUGGCCACCGUGGUGCAGUGCUUCCAGAGGUGUGCCCCCAACAAGGACACCGAAGACGAGGAGGAUGAGGAUGAGGAUGAUUGAGCCGCCCCCUCCCUUCCUGGAUUGACAGAGCCCAGGCGGGGCUUCCCUCCGAGCCUAGAGGGAAGAGGGGAGGUGGGAAGUGGGAAGCAGUCAACCUGUGGUGCUCAGACUAGCACCUGCCCCCGGCUGUGCACCUGACCGUGAACCUGGCCAUGCACCUGGCCAUGAACCUGGCUGUGCACCUGACCAUGAACCUGACUGUGAACCUGGCCAUGAACCUGGCCAUGAACCUGGCUGUGCACCUGACCAUGAACCUGACCGUGAACCUGGCCGUGCACCCUGGGUACCCGCUGGGACUCCCAUCUCAGAGUUUAGGACCUUAGGGGCAGACGAGCCCAGGAAGGAUUCUGGAGGGACCUGCUUCUUGGCCUGAGGUGUGAGAAUGGGGUGGAGAGAAGCUUCCCGCUGACCCUGAACCCCAAGCUGGGAGGAGCAGACACUUGCAGCUCCGACGGUGGGGCUUGUUUGUGCAUCUGUGCUGUGGCCUGGGACACCAAGCAGCGGCCUCUUCCUCCUGGGACACAGCUACUCAGACAGGGACUCGCGUCCAAGACCCUAUCCCUAGAAUGGACUUCUACCAUAACGGGCAGCUUCUAGGGGUCCACAGAUGAACCCCCCUUUGGCUAAAGUGGCACCGAGGGAAAAGCUAAGAUCUGGCCAAAAGGCGUUUGUUGCUAUAAUUUGGUGAGCAGGUGAGGAAGGCUCUUGCUGACAGAGCUCACACCCUGGUCCUCGGCCUGAGAGGAAGCAACUUGUAGAGGAAGGAGGGUCCGUCUUGUAUACAGUCUCCGUGGCCUCUGUGCCCCGUCACUCCUUCCCCUGAAACACAGCCACUUGUCUCCCCUCCCCGGACCCCUCCCCGGACCUCCAGCUGGAAUCCCUCCUCAGCCAGCUAACGCCUGGUCAGCCUCUAGCUCCAGAAUGACUUUUCCCCCAAGGCCAGGAUUCCAAAAAGCAGGUUGCAGCAAAUCAACAAAAUGCUAAAAAGCAACAACAGAAAACAAAACCAAACCUGAGACCUGGCCUCUGAGAAACCUCCGGCGGCGGCCUUAGGGUAUGUGAGACAUUUCUUUGGAGCACAGUUUGUGACAGGCAAUGUUCUCCUGGAUGUGGAAGUCGGCUCUUGGGUUCAGAGAUAAUGCAAAACCACAUCCUGUGGCUGGCCGGUUAAUGCAAAGCAACACUGUCAGCAGCAUUGGACCCUGCUGGGGACUGAGACUUUGAGGGAGCCCAAGAGCAGCCCCUGGGGUGUUUCUGGGAACCACCUCUCCAUUAUUUCUCAUAAUAUAUUCCUUAUGUGUUCUUCCAUU